UCAAGUUCUUGAUAUAUAUCUCCAGAUUUGACCACACUACUUUCUCUCUCUUCACCAGCUGAGAGCUGAUGGCGAAAAUGCUGGAAAGUUGGAUAUACCAAGAACCCUCGUCGAUCUACACCAAAGCCUUAUACGGGUUGACACUGUUGGGUGCAUGCUAUCUGGCGAUCUCAGAAGCAAUCGGGAAGCAUCUCCGCUACUCCAAAUUCUGGAACUCGGCUUCCAACAAACCUACACAAACUCUUCCGAGUAAAGUUGGAAUGCUGUUGGCGUACACCCCAUCGCUUCUCGCCGGCGUUUCUUCGUUUUGGGUGUUCUCGGAUGAUGGUGGGAUUAGGUUUCUGAUGCUGAAAUCAGCUAUCACCCUUCAUUUCCUCAAGAGGGAGCUUGAGGUUUUAUUCCUUCACAAAUUCAGUGGCCAUAUGGUUCUCAACACUGCACUUUUUAUCUCAUCUACCUACCUAACAUCUGCUGCUAGCAUGAUUUAUAUUCAGCACCGCGUUCAAGGAUUCCCAGAGCCUUGGGUUGAUCUCAAGUAUGUUGGUCUUUUAGUGUUUGUAGUGGGAACUGUCGGCAACUUUUACCACCAUUACCUGCUGUCUAAGCUGAGGGACACGAGCAAUAAGGGCUACACGAUUCCAAGAGGAGGUCUUUUCAGUCUGGUGGUAUGCCCGCAUUAUCUCUUUGAAAUCCUUUCUUUUAUAGGAAUCUCAUUUAUCUCCCAGACACUGUUUUCCUACCUGUGCGCCAUUGGAUCAGCUGCAGUUUUACUUGCUAGGAGCUACGCCACCAGAAACUGGUACCUUUCCAAGUUCGAGGAUUUCCCUAAGAACGUUAAGGCUCUCAUCCCCUAUGUUUUUUAGAUGCUUACCAGUUGAUUGUUGUGAUGAAAAUCAGAUACUUUUGUGAGUGUCAACUGCAUUUUGUCCCUUGUUCUUUCUUUUGCCCAAGGGAGAAAAGUUUUGUACAUUUGGCAGAAAUGUUGACUGUGGUGGUGUUCAUUGUGUGCCUGUUCUCCUUCUUGAUUGCACACAAGAUAAUUUGAACUGAUUUUGUCGUUCUCAGUUGUUAAAAAGUAAUCUGUGAGUCUACAUUGUAA